AUAUUUAUACGGCUUCAGAAAUAUCUUUACGUUGACGACGCUGUGCGUUUGUUAAUGCAAGGCAUGUUUUCUCGACACGACUUAGACGUCUCCGAAAAUUAUUGCAUAAUAUGGCUGUGAGAAAAUAAGUAAAACAUCGAAUCGAAUGUUUACGCGACUUAUACUCUGUGACUAAAUUUCAAGAUUCAGUAUUUUUAUGGGAUUACCUUCACAUAAUUUUUUAGAAUUUGAAAAAUAAUUUCGGGAAAUAAAACGAUGGACAAAUUCUCAAGUGUACCGCUCGCCUAACAGUUUUAUUACGUCGGAAAUACCGCACGCGGAUUUUAAUAAAUUCGAGCUCUCAUAAAUGUCGAGAGUAAAGUUUUAUUAUAAAAAUGUUGGACUUCUCAUUAGCGGAAUGUAUGGUUGCGUGUAGCAGCGUUCUACUCAUGGUGCUGUUGUUAACCGAAAUUUUGGAUUGGACGCAGUUAUUCGGGUGGAUGGAAAACGAUUACCGUCCGCCCGCCUUCUCGUUCGGUUACGCUCAUCAGAAUGGUCCUCAUACUUGGAAAAAUCUAUAUCCUGAGAGCACUGGUAGCAAUCAAUCGCCUAUUAAUAUCACGACCAGGCUCGCCGUAGUGGUGCAACCGUCUGAACCACUUCGAUGGAGCAAUUAUAACAGCGGGCCGUUGUCGAUGACUAUCGCAAACGAUGGCCAUACCGUGAUACUCCGAGGAUUCUGGACCAACACCACGUGGCCGCAGCUUCAAGGAGGGCCCUUAACCGAUACAUACGAUUUCUUUAACGUCCUCUUUCACUGGGGUCCGUCAAAUGAAGAGGGCAGCGAGCAUACCUUGGACUACAUACGCUUCCCUAUGGAACUGCAAAUCAUUCACAUAAAGCGUGGAAUUAAAUCGCCGAUGGACGCGAUCGCGCUUGGGGCAAAAGACGGAAUAGUGAUUGCUUCGUUCUUCCUUCAAAUAAAUGACGCGGACAAUCCUUAUUUGGAUCACAUCGUGAGCAAUUUGUGGCGCAUUACCUGCCCGGGAUCUAAAGUCUACAUACCUCCUUUUCCACUGGAAUGGAUUUUCGCGCCUUUCGACAGAGAUUAUUAUACGUACAGCGGUUCUCUGAGCCAGCCACCUUGCAAUGAAAUUGUCACGUGGAUCGUGCAGCAAGAACCAAUCGCUAUAUCCUUAUCUCAAAUAGAAAAAUUUCGAAAAAUCUGUUCAGUUGAGGGUCCAUUACUUUUAAAUUGUCGACCAGUUCAGCCGCUGAACGAUCGUGACGUCUAUUUUUACGAAGAAAACUUGUCGUAAUUGAUAUGCUAUAAUUAUUUCAUCGAAAUGUUUAAAUGAUGAAACAUAUAUAGAAAACUUGUCUUUUUAUUUAAUUUUAGUACGAAUUUAUGCAAUUUAUGUCAAAUGCUAGAUAGAAUUAAUACGGUGAUACUGUUCUAUUUAAGUGAAUACAAUUUAUAAAAUUGACAUUAAGAAUGUUUAUAAAUAACGUAGCGACUUUUAUUCUGUAAAUGUUUAUUCUAUAAUGUUAAACGUUAAAAAUUUUAGUAGUGUAUAAAAUGUAAACUCGUGAAAAUAUAAAAUAAGUAACAAUUUUCUUUUUACACAGAGAACAACAUCUUUAUUAUCUUUAAUGUGCGUUCUAUAAACGCAGGACAUUUCGUUUUGCCAAGUGUUUUUGAGAAAAUAAAAAUAUAUUAAAAUUUGUGUCA